CAAAAAUUUUGUUCCGUCAGUGGAUUUCAUGGUUGAAUGAUUCUAUUGCAAAACAUUGUCCUGUCUGAGUUUCGUGUCAAAGAGAAACCAUCUUGUUGUGGUGAGUGUUUAGGUCAGAUGUGAAGAAAAUGGAUUUGUGAAAGAAAGCUUCAGGAUUGGUUGAUGAGAAAUUUGUUGGCCUGUGAGUACAGUGUUAGAUAAAUUAUAGAGCUUGAGGUUUUUAUUACGGCACGGUGUUCUACCUUGUGUGACCGAGUGCAGUUAGCAAGAGUGCGAUAUCUUCACCGGCUCGUUACAUCCAUUUUUGGACGUAUCAUCGGAAACAUCAACAACUGAAUACAUAAUCAGAUAACACUGGCACCUGUACAGUCCUUCCAAACCACCUGAGGAUAUAUUCAGCUAAAGAUACCACAGCAGCGACCGUGAUUGUAUGACAUGGCCAGUUUUUUGUUUGUUUGUGUAACCUUUACCCAAGUGGUUGGUGUGGUAAUGCUCGUGUUGCUAGGCUACUGGACUGGGAAUGUUCUUGGAGGAUUCAAGUGGGAUGGCUCUUCUCAAGAGUUCAACCUUCAUCCUUUGCUCAUGGUUAUUGGACUUGUCUAUAUGUAUGGCCAAGCUAUCAUGGUGUAUCGGGUAUUUAGCAAGGAGAGUAAAGUUGUAGUUAAGACAAUGCAUCUGAUGUUACAGUUAUUUGCCUUUUUAUGUUCGUGUGUUGGACUGAAAGCAGUGUUCCGCAAUCAUAAUGUUAACAAUAUUGCCAACAUGUACUCUCUACAUAGCUGGAUUGGCCUAAUUAUCUUCAUAUUGUUUACAUUUCAGCUUGUCUUUGGCUUCCUGUUCUUCUUCUUUCCAAAAGCCAGCGAAUCAAUGCGAAAAGCUUACCUAGUCGUUCAUCGUUUCUUUGGCGUGUUCAUUUUUGCCGGUGCUGUUGGUGUAGCGUGCAUUGGACUUUUAGAAAAACUUGGCUUUCAGUAUCCAAAUGACGCUGCUGAGCCAUACGACACUCUACCGUCAGGAGCGAUGAUCGGUAACUUCCUCGGCUUAAUGAUUGUUUUGUUUGGUUUUCUUGUUGGAUUCGUAGUCACGCAUUCAGACUUCAAGCGACCUGAUGAGCCAGUAGAACCUGAGCACCGCCCUCUUACUACAUCAGAAAUGAAACCAUACCAAGCUAGCGAAGCUGCACCAGAACCUUAAGGCCUAUGAUGGGGGAAAGAAGCAACAAGAUCAGAGAACAAGCUACGAUUCUUAACCAGCAAACAUCUUAAUUUCAUCAUAUAUGUUUCAUCAUAUAUGAUUUCAAACAAUAUAUUUUGCCUGGACAAUAAUUUGUACCCAAUUGGAGGUACAUGUCGAUAAGGUUGUAUUCUAUAUACAGUGCUUUAACUAGUUUUAUAUAGAUUUAGGCUAAUUAACUUAAUAUAUUCAAGCUAUUUCGUUGUUUGUGGUGUAGAAGCAAUAUUAAUUGAUGUCUGACAAAGCAGUAAAAGGUACAGUAUUUUUGCAAUUAUAGUGCAUAGUCACUGGUAUCAGAAUGAGAGAAUUGUGGAAUAUACAAUAAAUAGGUACAGUACAUAAAAAUAAAAACACCUAUACAUAGAUGUAUAUACACAUAUAUAUCUAUAUAAUGUAUAUAUAUAUAUAUAUAUAUUAUAUAUAUACCUUUAUGUGAUACAAGUGUAAUAAUGAUUUUGCAUUAAUCAAUCAUUUGGUCCAAUAGGAAAGAUUUUGAUUUGGGCCUUUAUAAGGACACUAAAAAAACUUUCUAAGGACACAAUGUACAAAUUUACACUAGGAUUAAAAAAAUAGUUUGAGAUAGAUCCCAGAUGUGACAGGACAAUUUAAAAGUUUAAGCCAUUAGGUUAUAUAGAAGAAGGCAUGUGUUGGUACUCUAACAUGGGAGAAUGGUACAUUAGUCACGAGUAUGUGAGGAAGUGGGUAACAUAGAUAAUGUAUUGUUACCAUAGAAUGUAAUGUGUACAAGUUAGAUAAUCUUAGGAAUACAUAUAGAUUACCUGCUCCACCGGUUUUUAUAUUUUGUGCCUUUUUUUGUGCGGAAAGUUCACAGGGACAUUUUAAAUUAAAUGUAUUGUGGGAAAAAAUGUGGUCAUAAAAUUGGAAGAUUAAGGAAAGGUUUACUUGGAAGUUUGGAUUUAUGAACUGCUUAUUGAAAUUUGUGAACUAGAGUGAUGGUAAAUUUCAAAUAUGAAAUACAUUUUUUCUUUAUAAAUUGACAUGGCAUAUGUUUUAUUUUAUAUUAUUAUUAUUAUUAUUUAGCUUUUUUAUUAUACUUUGUUUUAUUUGUUGUCAUAUUGUUAUUAUUAAAUUAUUAUUUGUAUUGAAUAAUUGGUUAAGGUGCUUAAUGCAAUGUGUUUAGUUACAAGUUCAUUACACAAAUAAUACUUUUAAAGUAUUAUUUCUAUUGUUAAUGAAGUGUUUUAAAAAUAUUAGGAUUUCAUAUCAAUGAUGAGGAAUGAGUUAUGCCAACAAAUACAACUUUUAUUAACAGCGUUAUGAAUUUUUCAGUGCAAUGAAUGAAGCACACAGUUGUCUACUACAAUUCCCACAAGAAUUGUGCGUCCAACAGUGAUGACGUAAUGGCUGAUGUUCAAUUUUAUUAUUGGCCUUCGUAUUGAAAUAAACAUAAUUUUGAUAACAGAAUUAUAUUUAUUCAGCUGUGUAUUUGAAAUGCUUCGUACGUCCGUGUAAUGACAGCUAACAUUAAAUGAUUAUAAACUGUAGACAGUGAUGAAAUAAAAAUCAGAAAUGAGUCUCAACACA